AUGACAGGUGAAAGCUUGUACUCUCACGAAGGUAUUAAGGAAGAGGACACGCACGAACCUGAGACGCACUCGGAGCCUCCUGGUUCCGAGGCGCGUGGGACGCCGGAACACCGCGCAAAUCUGACCUGUGACCCCGCCACACGUUUUGACAGGCGUUUCUGUAAAGGAGGACCGGAUAAACCGUAUACAUGCCAGAUUUGCAGCAAGACGUUUGUCACCUCGUCACACCUGGCGCUCCACGUGUGCGCACGCACCGGUGAGAGGAAGCACGAGCGCAGCAGGUACAGGUGCAGGAAGCACACGUGCGCCAAGGUGUUCUCUCGGCCGUCCCAGCUGGUGCGCCACAUGGCCGUCCACGUGGGCGAGAAGCCCUUCAAGUGCCCGGAUUGCGGCAGGUGUUUCGGACGUGGGUCGCACCUGGAGACUCAUCGGCGGCUCCACACGGGCGAGAAGCCCUUCAAGUGCGGCGUGUGCGGCAAGUCGUUCACGCAGAAGUCCGGCCUCAUCGUACACGUCAGGAAACACACGGGUGAGCGGCCGUACAAGUGCGACAAGUGCGGCGAGGCGUUUCGUACCGCCGCUCACCUCCUGUCCCACCAGGCCGUCGAGGCGGGAGAGGGCCGGCACACCUGCGCCACGUGCCGUAAAAGCUUCAGGACUGUUUCAGCGCUUAGGCAGCAUGAGAAGAUUCACAGAGAUUCACAUGAUUCACUCACGCACACGUGUAGCGUGUGCUGUGCUGCUUUCGUCUGCACGUCUGAACUGCACGACGAGCUCCGUGACACCGAGUCGGCCGUGCGCGUCUUUCACUGCAGAGUCUGCAGCGUCGUUUUCACGGACAUGGACGCCUUCGAGAAUCACUGCGAGAAGCACCAGAGAGAGAAAAGUGUUUACGGAGUAGAGGAAGACGAGCUGGAGGAAGAUGAGGAAGAAGAAGAGGUGGGAAAAAGAAAGAACGACGCUCGAGACCCGCCGUUUCGGCCGCACGUGGCGACUUCAGCGACGCGCUACACGUCUGAGGUCAGCACACGCUCCAAAACCAGAGCCAGGAGUACCACCGAGGGAGUGAACUGA